CGCUCGCCGGCCUGGGCCCUUGACUCAGGCGCCCGCCCCGCUCGCCUCCGCACGCCUCCACCCGCUUGGCUCGCCAGCACUCACCGCGCUCGCGCCCUCGCCGGCAGCUGCAGCCAUGGGUCCCCGAGGCGCACGCGCCUCCGCGCUGAGGCUGCUCGCGCUGGGCGCGCUGCUGUGGCCCGCGGCAGGCGGCUGGGAGCUCACCAUACUGCACACCAACGACGUGCACAGCCGGCUGGAGCAGACAAGCGAAGACUCGAGCAAGUGCGUCAACGCCAGCCGCUGCGUGGGCGGCGUGGCACGGCUCGCCACCAAGGUGCGCCAGAUCCGCCGCGCAGAGCCCCACGUGCUGCUGCUCGACGCCGGCGACCAGUACCAGGGUACCAUCUGGUUCACCGUGUACAAGGGCGCCGAGGUGGCGCACUUCAUGAACGCCCUGGGCUACGAUGCCAUGGCACUGGGAAAUCACGAAUUUGAUAAUGGUGUAGAAGGCCUGAUCGAUCCGCUCCUCAAAGAGGCCAGAUUUCCAAUUCUGAGUGCAAACAUUAAAGCCAAGGGGCCGCUGGCAUCGCAGAUAUCAGGACUUUAUUCGCCGUAUAAGAUUCUUCCUGUUGGUCUUGAAGUUGUAGGGAUUGUUGGAUACACUUCAAAAGAAACCCCCUUUCUCUCCAGUCCAGGAACGAAUUUAGUAUUCGAAGAUGAAAUCACUGCAUUGCAACUUGAAGUAGAUAAGCUAAAAACUCUAAAUGUGAACAAAAUUAUUGCACUGGGACAUUCUGGUUUUGAAACGGAUAAACUCAUCGCUCAGAAAGUGAAGGGCGUGGACGUAGUGGUGGGAGGACAUUCCAACACGUUUCUUUACACAGGCACUCCACCUUCCAAAGAGGUGCCAGCGGGGCAGUACCCCUUCAUAGUCACGUCCGACGACGGACGGCAGGUUCCCGUGGUCCAGGCCUAUGCUUUUGGCAAAUACCUAGGCUAUUUGAAGGUUGAGUUUGAUGAAAAAGGAAACGUCGUCACUUCACAUGGAAAUCCCAUCCUUCUCAACAGCAGCAUUCUGGAAGAUCCAAGCAUAAAAGCAGACAUUAACAAAUGGCGGAUAAAAUUACAUAAUUACUCGACCCAGGAACUGGGGAAAACAAUUGUCUAUCUGGAUGGCACCACUCAGUCAUGCCGCUUUCGAGAAUGCAACAUGGGCAACCUGAUUUGUGAUGCUGUGAUUAACAACAACCUGAGACACCUGGAUGAGAUGUCCUGGAACCACGUGUCCAUGUGCAUUUUAAACGGGGGUGGCAUCCGGUCGCCCAUUGACGAGCGGAACAAUGGCACGAUUACCUGGGAGAACCUGGCUGCUGUGUUGCCCUUUGGAGGCACCUUUGACCUGGUCCAAUUAAAAGGCUCCACCCUGAAGAAGGCCUUCGAGCACAGCGUGUACCGCUACGGCCAGUCCACGGGGGAGUUCCUGCAGGUGGGCGGAAUUCACGUGGUGUACGAUCUUUCCCGAAACCCCGGGGACAGAGUGGUCAAAUUAGAGGUUCUUUGCACCCAGUGUCGCGUGCCCAGUUACGAGCCCCUCAGAAUGGAUAAGGUGUACAAGGUGAUCCUCCCGAGCUUCCUUGUCAGCGGUGGGGAUGGAUUCCGGAUGAUAAAAGACGAAGUGUUAAAACAUGACUCUGGUGACCAAGAUAUCAACGUGGUUUCCACAUACAUCUCAAAAAUGAGAGUAAUUUAUCCAGCACUUGAAGGUCGGAUCCAGUUUUCUGCAGGAAGUCAUUUCCAUGGAAGUUUUUCUCUAAUACUUAUUUCAGUUUUGGCAGUGCUCAUAGUUUUAUACCAAUAGCCAAAAAUUCUCCUUGCCAUUAAUGGAACUGUAUUUUUUUCUCAAGUGAGAUUCAAGUCUACCUUUUAGGAACUGGCUUUGUGAUGGUGCGGACCAUCCUUGCAGUCUCCUAGAAGCUGAGCUUAGAGGGUUGUAAAUGAAGACACUGACAUGAUCACUCAGGAUCAGCAACUUAAUGAACACACAGGAAAAGAAAUGAAAAUGGGCCCUAUGAGGAGAAGGCCAACCAUCUUUAGUGUACCUAUGCAAAUAUUAAUAAAACUUUAUAAACAAUUUUAAAAUACACACAUCAUUUUUCUCCUUUAUAUCCAUUCUAAUCCACCAAACAACUUAUGUUUACAUAGAACCUUAUCAUUUACAAGGGAGUUUUAAGCACAUUAUCUUAUUUGAUGCCCAUAACUUUCGUUGGUGGGCAAGACAGGUAUUGUUUUUCCCAUUUGACAGAUGAGGAAACUAAAGCUCAGAAAGAAUUGACACGUUUAAGGCCAUACAGCUAAAAGUGACAGAUCCUAGACCUGCACCUGGGCCUUCUGACCUCAGUCCCGCACUCUUUCAAUUAUAUCCAGUUACUGUUCAGGAAGAUACUUAAUGGUCUCCUCUGUUUUUAACUAUCAGUAGCCCCAGACUCAUGUAGAACAAGUCUCUGCUUUAUUUCUGGUCUCUUGUUUUUUUUUUUUUUUCCUUUUUAGCGUGUGUUGUUAUAGGGAGUUUAACGGACUAAACACAGGGUGGCGUUCUCUCCUGCACCACCGUGUGCCUUUGAGGAGCUGGGACAAGAGGUGCAGCAGAUAAUGGGAAAGGCCAGGAGCUGCAGAACGCAGUCAAGGGGCAGGGAGAAAGGGGAGGAAAGACCAGGACGCACAGGACCAACUUAACAUUAGAGAAGAGGUAGAGCUAAAGGCCAUUCACACUUGUUAAAUGCGUAUUUGCUAAGGAGUGGCAGUGCAGUGCCUGACACAUGGCAUUAGCUACUGACAGUUGUAUGAGAUUCUAUCAGUUCUCCCUCUGCUUUUUUCCUCCUUCUUUCUAAUGGGAAGGUGUCAUGAGAAGAGAACCUUCUUAGAGAAGGUGUAGCUCUAAACCUGCACCUGUCUCUCCCCAGCAAGAUGCCAGCACUGAUUCUAGUCUCACACACACACUCCACCCCCUCCCCCAGUUAUGGGAAAUCCAGAGCGGAGCCAAGGUUGAUGUUUUUAAGUGGUCCACCUAAAUCUAAAGUCAGCUCUGCCUCCACAUCUGAACAGUCACUCUCAGUCAUUCUCAGGCACAGAUAUGAGAACUCCCGCCGGACAGAGUGCCCCUCUGAGAGGGGUGCUCAGGAAAUACCCAGACCGACGAAAUGAAUCAUUUAUGCACAAGGAGCAGCAAAUCCUUGCUCAAGGGGGUGGGGGGACCACGUGAGCCUGCUCGUUACCGCAGAAACGAUUCAGUAAGAAGUGGGAGGCCUCACCUUACACAAAGAGUCAGUGAACAGCAGCUAAAGGAUGGAAGAGUGAGAAUGUUUCUUGAUGUUUACAAAUAUUAGGUAUUCUUGAAACAAAACAUACUUUUAAACUUCACAACCUCUUUAUAAAUGUUGCAGUAAAAUAAUGCCCUAGGUUCUAUGUAUAUACAGACUGGCCCUAAGUAAACAAAUGUCCAUAGACUGUAAGAGGAAAAUGUCAAUAAGACUGCAUUUGGGGUAUAUUUGCUUAUGCUUGGCCAGUAAAAUAGGGUAAAUCCUAUCGGAGCACAAAUUUUUAAAAAACAUUUUGUAAGUUUUCUAAAUAUGUAUACAUGUGUUAUUCAGUGGUUUAAGAAAUGACCUAAAAACACUUUGCAAUUGUAGGUUCCAAACAAUAAAAUUGAAGAUA